CAAUAGAAAGUUGACCCUCAAAGGUAAGGCUAUAAAACCCCAUCUGCCACCCCCACCCUCCAAAUACAAUAAACCAUUCAACAACAACAACACAAAAUCAAAGCUGAAAAUGAAAACAGUGUCCUCCUCCAAUAAGCCAUACCUCCUUACCCUUAUCAGCAUCAUAAUCAUCGCACUUCUUCUGACCUUCAUGCUAGCUCAUGGCGCUGAUCUCCACCCCACCACUCUGGGAGAUGGUGACGAGAGCUUGGGAGAGAGAUGUGAAGAGGGCGUUGGAGAAGAAGGUGAAGAGUGCUUGACCAGAAGAACCCUCCAAGCCCAUCUUGAUUACAUCUACACACAACCUCAUCCACCCCACCUCCCCUUCCCCUAGCCAGCCCCGAUGUCCCAAUUAUCUGUGCUUUUCUUUCUUUCUUUCUCCCUUUUCAAGCAAAAGGAAGAGCAUGAUUGAUUGCACCCAAGUUAUAUAGUUAACAAUAAGAGGAGAAAGUAUCUUCAAUUAGCAUAUGGAAAGACAUGGAUGUUCAUGAUUAGCUCGAGGUCUGCAACAAAAGUGCCUCUGCUAAUGAUGAAUUCCCACAGACUUGAGGGAGAAAGCUGCAAAGCAAAAUUCUUCUUACACAAAUCCUCUGCUAACUUUGUGUGGCUUCCAUCAAUUUUACAACUGCACGCCUAGUCUCCUAACAAACUAGCUCGUAGCUAGCUAGCUAACGGCAGCUGUGUCAUCUUGAUCUUUCUAUUCUGAUCCAAGCAAAGCAAUCUCCGCAAGCUGCGAUAUGAUACACAAUCCUACAUGCCACACCAUUCGUCUAGAUAAAGAAAAGGGGAAUGCAGCAUUCACAUGUUCGAACCAUAAAAAUUAAAUGGCAUAGAAAUGAAAGCCUGAGCUUGGA